CCAAGCAGUCCCUAAUGAAUUUUUCCGGCAUCAAAAGGCAAAGAGAAUCUUGAGUUGGAAUUUCCCUCGGGUUUCAGGCUGUUCCGCUACGGUACUUUAUGGUGGGGGACGUCGGUCCGGGUGAAUGUCCGCCAACGGAGGCUCACCUCACCAUCUGCCCGCUGGGCGCCCUAGCCCCUUUUGUGCUCUCCCUUCCUCCCACAUUUCGUUGUCCCGAUUUCCAAGAUACAUGAACCGCUUCCUACGUGCCUAAGCCCACACCCCAGUCAGUAUGUUCGCUCGUUUCAUUCAACCCACCUCCGCUCGCCUCGUUUUUCCUCCAAUCCUUCGUCUUGUUCGCCCGAUGUCGUCCUUGAGCUCUAAAUCUUAUGAACACAUUCUGGUUUCUUCCCCCAGGCCGGGUGUAGGGCAGAGUGAGUAGCCUUCUGGAGCGUUAAUUAAGCUAAUUGCUUAUAAUUGAUUCCGUAGUUACUCUCAACCGUCCAAGGGUCAAUGCCUUAAACACACCGCUCAUGUCCGAGCUCAACGAUGCUCUUCGCGCAUUCGAUGAUUCAAAAGCAACCGGUGCAAUUGUCAUUACCGGCAACGAAAGGACGUUCGCUGCGGGUGCAGAUAUCAAGGAAAUGCAGAACUUGACAUUCUCAGAAGCGUACGGCAAAGAAUUUAUCAGGCUAUGGUCGGACGUCACCCAAAUCUCAAAACCCGUCAUUGCUGCUGUCAAUGGGCAUGCUCUUGGGGGUGGUUGCGAACUCGCCAUGAUGGCCGACAUUAUCUAUUGUGGACCAAAGGCUACAUUCGGACAACCAGAAAUCAAGUUGGGAGUAAUCCCGGGCGCAGGCGGAUCCCAGCGGUUGGUUAAAGCUAUUGGGAAAGCGAAGGCGAUGGAAUUGAUUCUCACUGGAGAGACGUUCUCCGCUGAGGAGGCGGAGAGGUGGGGUCUUGCUGCAAGGGUGUUUGAGACUCCCGAGAAAUGUGUCGAGGAAGCAUUGAAAACUGCGGAGACAAUUGCUAGAUACGGAGCGCUAGCGGUAAAGGCAGCCAAAGAGGUUGUCAACCAGAGCUACGAGGUCGGGUUGAGUGAGGGUGUCAAGUAUGAGAGGAGGGUAUUCCACGCACUGUUCUCCACAAAGGAUCAGAAGGCCGGAAUGGCUGCAUUUGUCAAUAAGACAAAGCCUGAAUGGACCGGGGAAUAAGUGAUCUACGGAUUGAGAGAUGGUAUCGCCUUGACCUAGGCUCUUUAACUUGCAGUGUCUUUUUCGCUACUUCUUUUGUAUGAUUGUGAAUAGCAGGAUAACAACUAUCACUACCGGUAUUCCAUUAACACAUACUGAGGGCUAGGGGUUUGGAUUGCUUGAACAUGUGCAAUCCCUCCUGGCUCUAUGCGCUUUGUAGUCAGGAAUAUUUAAUGCAUGAGCCGGGAGGGGUAAAUACCGGUACUGUAAACUUGAAACCGGUAUCUGUUUUUUUCAUUCCCGCAGACUGCACGUAUGGUACGGUAUGAUAUUAUGAUAUACAAGUCUACAACGGUUGAUCUUAGUUUCAAAGCCCCAGCACCACAUCAAGGCGUCAACCACGCUGGGGUCCCACGAGCCGUCCGCUGGCCAGCCAACCCAUGUUGGACGGACGAUAGCCGAACCCAUCAUAUCAUACCAUGCUAAAGUAUCCUUCCGGCCAGGCACCCUCACUGUUGAGGUGUGUUACCGUGCUCUUGAGCAACAGUAAAUACUGCUCGUGGGAGCUCUAGCUGUCCUAACAGUCCCAGAGCCCCUCCGCAACAGUGAUGCAAAUUCCAU